AUGAUGUUGCUGGGUCUCGUUCUGUUUUUGCAACCAAAACACGAACACGGGCGGUUCAACAGCCCUGGGUCAACAACAUACAAACACAACUCACAAGCACAACUCACAAAACGCAAAAAAUUGGAUUUGGAAAAAUGGGAAAACAGCAUCACGGCGUUGGAGUGGUCUCUAAUUUUUGUCUACCUAUUCAUAUCUGUCUGUCUGUCUAUAGGGCUGCCUCAGCACUCCACACUGAUAUACUACUCCAACUACUACAAUUUCUUCAACUACUUCGACUUCAACUACUACAACUUCAACUUCGACUAUUUCGACUUCCUCACUGUAAUCCAUCUCACCGCUGCUCGGCUAAAGUAA